AAAAUUUUUCGUUUUUCCAAAUAAACCAUAAAAAUUUGGUGUGGCGAUUAAUGUAUGUUCUAAUCAAAUUCUUAUGAAAUCUGCAGACGCAAAGCUCUAAUGCUGGCGUAUGUAUGCGCCAUCAAGAUUUGCGUAUAAAUAAGCCAGUCUGCGAAAUAGAUUUUAGUUCCAAAAUAUAAAUCAACAUGAAAUUAUUGAUCGUCUUGUUUGCCUUAGUGGCUGCUGUGUUUGGUUUUCCUAGUUACCAACCACAGCGUAUUAUCUUUCAACAGACGCUUUCCCCGCAAUAUGUAGAAGUCCACACUCCUCGACAUCAACCAAUCCCUCAAACAAUAUAUACACCAUUUUUUCCACCCUACUAUGUUCGUCAACCAAUGCCUCAAACUGCAUUUGGACUGGACAAUAGUCCAACAUCAAUAGGUCCGUUGAGCUUGGGCGGGAUUCUAAAUCCCUACCAAGGAAAUUAUCAGCGAAAUUCGAACAAAGGCCAGUAAAGCGAGGAAACAUAGUCCAACCAAAAAAAAACAGAAAUCCAUAAAAAAAAAUUGUUGACAAAUUCUUUAAAUUUUAUGUGGCAGCACAACAUUGUGCAUAUAAGAUAAUAAACAAAAAUGUUAAAUUAUACAAGUUUUUUUCUUUCACAUUGCAAAACGCAAAAACGUUACGCAAAACCAAUUUUUUUAGUUUUGAGAACGACUUAUUGUUCUUUAAUUCUGAUACUAAAACUGUGAGCGCCGC